AUGUUCGACAACUUGAUUCGCGACAUGGAAAUCACUCUCCGGAACAUGCAAGAUGCAUAUUCCUCGCGCGAGGAGAUGCCCUUCUGGGCCACCAAGUUAUUAACGCCGACUUUCAUGGCCGUCGCUAUCCUCACCACCAUUCCCUCCCCGGGCCCAACGCGAGUCAUCGUCGGGAUGACAGCCUUCACAUGUCUGUGGCUCUACGUGCUCACCCACUGGUUAUCGGGCCCAGCUUUCUUUAUGGAUGCGAUCUUCAUGAUCUCAAUUACGGUGCGCUGGAUGCUAAUGUUCCUAACCGGAACCCCCGAAAUCGACUACUACCAGACGACUAAAACCGCGACGAAGCUUGACAGCGCCAGUGCGGACGGCGGGAUCUUACGCAACUCAAGAUUCCUGAACAAGGUCAAAUGGAGCGUGGAGUUGUGGUCGUGCUGGCGCGGGCAGGGUUGGAAUUUCGCUGACCAGCAUCUCAAACGAGGCGCAGAGCAGACCCAAUCUCGGCGGGACUUCCUGAUUGCAAACACCGGAAGAAUCCUUCUGAACCAGUACAUAUCCGACAUGGUGCGCAAGUAUGCGUUCUGCGCGUUCUGGCCGGCUCACCACUCAACCGAGGCUAGUAUCGAUUUCCGUUCAUUGCCCAUGCUACACCGACAUCUGCUGGUCGCGGCUCAAUUGCUUCGAGACAGCCUCAUGCUGGACAGCGAAUAUCGAAAGGCCUCUCUGCUCUUCGUGGGGCUGUGUCUUUCCACGCCGGAUCGCUGGCCAGACCUCUUCGGCAGUCCGGCGGACUUGUACACUGUUCGGAAUUUCUGGGGGAGAGUCUGGCAUCAGGUCUUCCGGCACAUGUUCACUCGGUCUGGCGAGGUGGUAGCUGGAGCCCUGGGUGCGGAGAAAGGGACGCUGGUGUACAGGUAUACCAAGCUGUAUGUCGGAUACUUGGUCUCCGGAGUCCAGCACUAUGCGUGUCCGCUGUUAAUCCCGUCUUUGCGCUACGGCUGGGGAAUGUUUUGGCAGAUGCCAGCGUAUGGUGCUGUUAUCACGGUGGAGGAUUUGAUCAAACAUUAUGGUAUGAAAGUUGGAAUCCGGGAUAAUGGUUUUGUCCGUGGCCUAGGGUAUAUAUGGACGGCGUACUGGAUGACUUUGAUCUACGCCUUGCCUGUCGGCUAUGUCUCGGACAUUGGGGGUUUUGCGGGUGUGUGCGCGGCAUAA